UGGCGUUCUCAUGUCAAAAGACAUAAAUGUGUUGGUCCGAUGGAAACAGAAGCUGAUGGAGAGGACUGUGGAGGACCAGAACCAGCCAGGAACUUACAUCCACUUUUACAACCAGAGACUGAACACCAGACUGGAGACUCUUCUGAACCUGAAAAUGAUGACAGUGCUGAUUGGAAGGAGACCAGAGAACCUCAGUCAGCUUUAAACUCUUUGAAACAUGAUUCAAGAUGUAAGAAAACAUUCAGCUUCUGUAAGAAAUCUUUCACACGAAGUGGAGAUUUACGGAAACACAUGAAAACUCACACAGGUGAAAAACCUUUCAGCUGCUCAGUCUGUAAGAAAUCUUUUUUACAGAGUGGAGAUUUACGGACACACAUGAAAACUCACACAGGUGAAAAACCUUUCAGCUGCUCAGUCUGUAAGAAAUCUUUUACACGAAAUGGAGAUUUACGGAAACACAUGAAAACUCACACAGGUGAAAAACCUUUCAGCUGCUCAGUCUGUAAGAAAACUUUUACACAAAGUGCACAUUUACAGUCACACAGGCGAACUCACACAUGAGAAAAACCUUUCAGCUGCUCAGUCUGUAAGAAAUCCUUUACAGAGAGUAAAUUUAGGGUCACACAUGACAGUCCACACAGGAGAGAAAAAAUACAGCUGCACUGUUUAUAACAAAAGAUUUGCCUGGCGUUCUCAUGUCAAAAGACAUAAAUGUGUUGGGCUGAUGGAAACAGAAGCUGAUGGAGAGGACUGUGGAGGACCAGAACCAGCCAGGAACUCAUACCCACUUUUACAACUAGAGACUGAAGACCAGACUGGAGACUCUACUGAACCUGAGACUGGUGACAUGGAAUAACGUUUGUGCCUUUAAGUGGCCUGAUGUUUAUACUUGUGCGCUGGUGUGUUACUCGAGCCGGCAUGUGUGCAUGAACCAGGAAAUGAGUCUGGGGAAAUGUAACGCUACCAAGCCACGGCCGAGCGACCUACGCCACUGCAACGUGUAGUUAAAUUUUUUGAGACGUGCAUGUCCGGCUGCGGCGUAGGGUCAGGCGUAGACGCAGAUAGGUCUGUGGGGGUACAUUGUCGAUUCAACGUAGAAGCAUAAAACGGCCUUAAGUAACCUAUGUUUGUUUCCUGAGUUUUGUCUUUGAAGCAAAGCUGAGAUGGACAUAUUAUGCUCUAUAUAAAACUAUAAAAACUCACUUGUGCAUUGCUAUGUUCCAAGGUAAUAUGAUCAGUGACACCAAAAUGAUUAAGUUCUUUUGACAUGUAUAGUGUCUCCUAUGCCACUAAUUAGGCCAUGGUAAAGCUAAUAAUGUAAAGAAAUAUAAUUUUUUGAAAUGACCGGUGUGGUACACCAGGACAUGCUGAGUACCCUCCAGGAUGAAAUACAGUGAAAUUAUUUGAAGUAAACAAUCUGUUGACUAGCAUGUACAUAAGUAGUUAUUGUCUGGGUCACAACGACCUAGGUGUACUUAAGAAAAGGAAGAUGAGAGGACUGUUAGAAGUAAAAAUAUCAACAGUUCAGGUCCAUCUAAAGAUGUAACCAACAUGAGGUAACUGUGGGCGUGAAUGUGUCCAACUGACACCGCCCAAAAUGUUUUAUAAGAAGAGAGUCAUAUGAAACUUAGAUUCAGUUGUCUAUUGGACUGACUAUCACCGGUGGUCAGUUGAUGUGUCCGAGGAAGCUCGGUUUGUUUGUUAAAAUGUAACAAAUAAAUCAGCAUGGAGUGAAUAUCAA